UUAUUAUUGUUAAAUGCACGAAAAACACAACUGUUGGUAGUUAAGAGCAAUAAAUGACCUAAGAUUGAUAACCUAUGGAGAUACUUCUUAAAGUCGUAAUAUAUACAUAUAUGUGUUAGAAAUCCCGUUCGUCGAACAUUACUAUUCAUUUCCCUCUAGUUUCUCUAAACGUCAAUUUACAAAUAAAAGUGUUGUCAAUAAUGAAGUAUUUGUGGACGAAUCAUAAGGACAAGAUGGUCCUCUCCGAGGAGGGGAAGGUGGACGAAAAUUUGGAACGUGUUCCAAAGCCAAAUAAAUGUCGAAUUGUUAUGAAAAUUUUAAAAGUUAUUCUCGCUGUGGAAAUAAUUUUGUUAGUCGGAUCAGCUGUUCUGUUGCUUUACAAAUCCGAAUAUUACGAUGCAGCCAAAAGUGAAAAAAUCGAAACCGAAUUAAAUUCUGCAAGUUUCCUACCAACUUUGAAACUAACCGGAGAAAAUUUAAACAAUGACAAAACCAUCGACAAUGAAAAUCCAAAUUCGAAAACCGACGAACUUUUGAAUAUCAAAAAUUUACUAAAUUCCUACAAGGAGGAAGAAAAAGAAAAAAUUUUCCAAAAUGAACUCAGUCAGAACAACGAACUGCCAAAUGGAGAAAAUAAUCCAAAAUCCGAAGAGAAAAGUUCAAACCAAGAAAUAAGUUCCCCAAAUGAGCCGAUAUUCAAGAAAAUAUUUUCCUUCCGUUUUUCCCUGCCAUUCAACAAGGAAAUUGUCGAUCCUCAAGAAAAUGAAAAUUCCCCAGCAAUUUCCGAUGAUCCCAAGAAUGAUUCAUUCCACAUUCGUAUUCUCUUCAAAGCCAAGAAUCCCAAUGAAAAAAAUAAUCAAACCGAGGGAAAUAUUAUUGAUCCACUUCAAAUCAAUCACAAUCCAAUAAUUCCAAUUCUUAAUGACAUCGAAAACGAGGAAUUAUCAAAUCAAAAUAUUCCAAAUAACAAUAUGGAUGGUUUCGAUAAUUUUUGGAGUACAUUCAUGAAUCCAGAUAUUGUAUCCGAUUUCUUUAAUCCCUACAAUGAAAAAAAUUUGAACACUGAAACUGAUGAUUUUGGAAGAAUUUUAUCGCCCAAUACCUUUGAAGAGGAAAAACAAGAAGAAGUUCCAUCAUCAUUUCAGAAUAUAUUGGAGGCACUAAAUAUGAAACCAUUUAAUCAUGAGUCUCAUAUUUUAGUAGUGUAAUAAUCCUUCAACUAAUUGCAUGCUCUCUAUCUGGGGAUCUUCGAUAAAAAAAAGUAAAAUAUUUUAAUUCAAUAUAUUUUAUUUGUUGUUAUUUCUAUUCUUAUUUUCUUUUUUUUUAUUUUUAGAAUAAAAUAUAAGUUUGUAAUAAUUUCUUUAAAGUUUUGAACGUUCUAAUGAACGAGAAAUUAAAAAUUUUCUUUCCUUUCGAUAUUUUCUAAUAUUAUUGUAUUUUAAUGAGAAAUAAAAAAAAAUUAACAAUUAUUGACUAAUUAUUUAGUAAUUAUUUGAAUGUGAAAAUUAAUAUUUUGUUUCAAAAUGCAAACCUAAAAAAAAUAACAAAAAGAAUGUUCAUUGGAACGUUCACCACUUUAGGGACAUUAAUAAUAAUUAUUUUUUUUAAUUUUUAUUUUUACAAUAAAAUAUAACUACAAUAAUAAUAAAUUACUAUUA